GGAAAAAACCGCCAAGCACCCAAAAAAGGCCAGUCAUUUGGGGUCGCAAGCUCCGUUUGGAAGGGAGUGCGUAAGGGAUUAAACACUACGGGGACGCAGUACCUCGAGGACUCAGCACUGCAGGGACCCAACGCCGCGGGGACAGCACCAAAGCCCAGAGCACCGAACCGGGUGAAGCCCAGAGACCUUCAUCAUGGCGGAUGGGGAUUAUGAUUACCUUAUCAAGUUUUUAGCCUUGGGAGAUUCUGGAGUGGGGAAGACCAGUGUGCUGUACCAGUAUACAGAUGGGAAAUUCAACUCCAAAUUCAUCACCACAGUGGGCAUUGACUUCAGGGAAAAGAGAGUGGUGUAUAGAGCUAAUGGACCAGAUGGAGCUGUGGGCCGAGGCCAGAGGAUCCACCUGCAGUUAUGGGACACGGCAGGACAGGAGAGGUUUCGUAGUUUGACCACUGCGUUCUUCAGAGAUGCUAUGGGUUUCCUGCUACUGUUCGACCUGACAAAUGAGCAGAGUUUCCUCAAUGUCCGAAACUGGAUAAGCCAGCUACAAAUGCACGCAUACUGUGAAAACCCGGACAUAGUGCUGUGUGGAAAUAAGAGUGACCUAGAAGACCAGCGGGCAGUGAAAGAGGAGGAAGCCAGGGAACUCGCAGAGAAGUAUGGAAUCCCCUAUUUUGAAACUAGUGCUGCCAAUGGGACGAACAUAAACCAAGCAAUUGAGAUGCUCCUGGACCUGAUAAUGAAAAGGAUGGAACGGUGUGUCGACAAGUCCUGGAUUCCAGAAGGCGUGGUGCGAUCCAACGGCCACACUUCUGCAGAUCAGCUAAGUGCAGAGAAGGAGAAGGGCCUGUGUGGCUGUUGAGACAAGACUCCAGGUGUGCACAGCAGCGGCCCAGAGCUCCUGCCUGUGAGCUGUGCCGCAGAGAUCCAGCCCGCACCAUGAACAACGGUGAAUAACACUGUAUCGAAUGCCAAUUGCUUCUCCUUGUCUCCAGUAGACAUUAACUCAGCAUCCGUUUAUAACUUGUUGCAGCUUUAACAUAUCCAAGAAUUGGGAGAACUAUUUCACAGAGCCAAAAGUGCCUUGUAAAGCCUAGGCCCAUGGUGGCAGGUCAUUCAGGGAUUCAGGAGUUUGCAGCCAUGAAAGGUUGCAUCUGCUGUGUAGAAUGCUGAUGGCACCGCCACCUGCCAUAGCACAGAUUGACCUGGAGUCUCAUUAGAGUCUCCUUAGAAGCAUUAGGAUCUCUGGGCAAUGAAAGACUAAUCCAGAUUUAAAAAUCCACACCAUAGUUGACCUUCUAGAACUUGAAUGCUAAUAUUAUGUACACGUUGGACCAAUGUCUUUCAGCACACUGUCUUUGACACAAUUUGUCAAAGGGAAGGCUUAAGUUAAAAUUACAGCCAUAUCUGUAGACUGGGUUGCCUAUAGGUGUGGUGGUGGUGGGAAGGGUUUGUAGGACAGGGGUGGGCAAUGGAAGCCAGUGAAGUCAGAUUUCCUGGCUCUUGGCUUCAGGGUCAUGGAGACUCAGGUGUUUAUUUGUGGUCUGUUGGUUCAGUCCACGGCUGAGCAUAGCUGGUGCUUCUGCUGUAUGCAUGCUAAGAAACGAUUUCUUGCUUUUCUCUUCAUAUUUAUAUUUUUGUCUGGCAUCUUCAGGCUGUAGUUUCAUUUGUCGACGCCUAUUCAGACUUUACUUUCAGGCUGGGUGUCAUUGCUACUUCCCAGUUUGUUUUCUCUCCCAUUAGUGUAAUCGAAGGUAUUUCUUUUUAAUUAAAACACAUGCUUAUUUGCUAUCUAGAGGGAGAGCAGCGUCUGUAUUUAAAAAGUCGUGUUUGUAUGCUAGUUUAGGAAAAGUGUUUCGUCGCCUGUACUUUCACUGGGAAUGUGGGCAUUUGUGUACUUGUGUAUCUUGCCAAGACCUUGUGUUGUGCUCUAUUGCCUCAGUAUCUUCUUGCCCAAAAAGGGUGGUUUAAAAUGUUCUACAUAGCCAGGCGGUGGUGGCGCAUGCCUUUAAUCCCAACACUCUGGAGGCAGAGGCGGCCACAGAGAAACUCUGUCUUGAAACAAAACAAAACAAAACAAAACAAAAAAUAUGUUCUUCAUAGAAUCUACUUCUUCAGGCCUAAGGUAUUUCAUUCAGAGCAAAAUUCUUUUAAAGAGGCUUAAAAAAAAAGUAAACCAAAAUUCCCAAAGAACUUCAAGGGGAAAAGAAAAUCACCAAUUAUAAUUUUAAAAAGUAAAAACUGUGGGGUUUUUUUUGACACUAAUUGUUUGGCAGAACUUGUAAUAGUUGUAAUUAGUAAAACAAAGAUAAAGGAAAAUGUUCGUGUGGUAGUUUUCAAGUAACAAAGUCUCACUAUAUAGCCCUGGCUGUCCUGGAACUCCUUUGUAGCUCAGGCUGGCCUCAGACUCACAGAGAUUCGCGCCCCCCUCUGCCUCCCAAGUGCUGGGAUUAAAGGUGGAGCCAUCACCCAGUUAGUAGCAGCCCAAGCCUUUAAUCCCAGCGCUCUAGGGGCAGAGGCAGGCGGAUCUCUCUGAGUUUGAGGGCAGCCUGGUCUAGAGCUAGUUCCAGGACAGCCAGGGUUACACUGAGAAACCCUGUUUUGAGGGAAAAAAAAAGACCCCACCCACCCAAAAAAAGGUGGAGCCCUCGUACCCACCAACCCUUAAAAGGCUUUUUUAAAAUUCAACAUCCAUCAUUUAUUGUCAUUGUCCUUGAUCCCCUCUCCAGCAAAAUCAGCUGCAGCUACUAAGCUUUUUCUGUCACUGAAAUGAAGGAUUCUUUGAAACAGCAAAGUUGUCACUAAGGCCUUUGCUUCUGCCUAUGUCUGAACUGUGUCCUGUGUUUCAAGGGGCAGGCCAUACAUAGCAGUGCCUUCCAAAGUUACCCUGAGACUUGAGUGGAGUUUAUCACCUUCUAAAUGUUCUGUUGUAAAUAAAAUUAGUGCUUGCAUAAUGCUGCUUUCAAGAAGUAGAUCCACAGUGAGAUGCGAGUCUUGUUGGCUCCAAACCUGGCACAGGGUUAAUUGUGUGUGAUAGACACCCACACAAGAACUGCCUUUGUCUGUUGGAAACAAACAAACAAACAACCCAAAAAACCUGUAUUCUCUUUGAAAAUGGUUUAAAUUUGAUAUAAAAUAGCCAUAUUUUUUGUGUUAAUGUAUUUUUCUAUUUGGAAAUCUGUAUAAAAAGCAAAUGCUCUUCAGUGAACUUUGUGCCAAUUAAACAAUAAUAAAAAAAUAAACAAGG